AAAUCCGGGGAGAGAAUACAAUUCCACCACGUAUGCUGAUUGUGAAGAUUGGCUAGAUCUCUCAAACAUGUACCUCUCAAAUCAGGAAUAUUAUUUAAAGCUGGAAGAACUUAAGAAUGCUCACCUGGAAACCAUGGCAAAAUUGGAAAACAUGUAUCAGAAUAAGCUGUUUCUAAAAGAUGUUCAACCUUUAACCAACUCGGAUAUGACUCGUAAUAAGACUUACAGAUCAACAUGGGAAACAAACUCAUUUCAACUUCAGAACAUACAUAGAUCAUUUUCUGAGUCUGAUCUAAAAAGUUCUUUUCAUUCAGAUUUCUCUGAUGUGACUGAUGAAGAACUAGAGUUAGAAGCAAGGGACAGUGAUGUUGGAUCACUAGCGCUGGGCAAAACUGAAAAUGCAUGGGAUGGCUGUUCUUUGGAGGAUUAUUCACUGUGUGCUAAAAGUAUUUUACCCAAAUUAAAUGUUUUGAAGAUAAGCAAGAAAAAGAAAAAAUGGUUCCCAAAGAUCACAGUACCAGAACCUUUCCAGAUGACUAUUAGAGAAGCUAAGAGGAAACAACAAAAUAUCAAAUCCAAGUCAUUGAUGCAACUGGAAAAUAACUUGCUGAAGAAACAAUUAGAGGAGGAAGCAGAGUGUCAAAAGAAAUUUCGAGCCAACCCAGUACCUGCAUAUGUCCUUGUCCCUCUCUAUCAUGAAAUAAUGCAGGAAAAUGAAGAACGUAGAAAGUCGCUUAGAGAAAGGAGGAGAGAGUUUCUUUUAGCUACCCAAAAGCCAUUUCAGUUUAUUGAAAGAGAAGCACAAAAGAAAGAACUGAGGAAAAUGCAAUUUUCCUCACCAGAAAGAACAAAAAUGUUCAAAGCCAAACCAGUUCCUAAAUUUGUUUACACUUCAGAAAUGAGAGAGAAACUAAAGGAAGAAGAACUCUAUAGAGAUAUUAGAAUUCAAGUUAGAUCUGAAGAGCUUCUACGUAAUUCAUCGCUUCCCAACAGCAGAUUAGGAAAUAGAGCUGCCAUUAGGUUCAGGCAGCAAAACUGCUUUGAACAAAGUGAAAAAUCAGAAUGCAAGCCAAAGGCCAAAGUUAAAGUCCCUGAUUUUGAAACAUUACAUAAAAAAUUCCAGAAGCAGCUUCAAAGACAUAAGAAUGUGAAAAGUGUCACAAUCAGUGAGCCUUUCAAUCUCCAUACACCAAAUAUCCCAUCCAACAAAGAGAAAAUUCUUGAUGACAUUGAAAUGGAUGAAGCAACAUUAAGGGAAACACGGUGGCCUUAUGUCUCUACAAGAUGUCACCCUCAAAUGAAGACUUUGAAUGCAAGUUCAUAUCCUUCAGGCUGUGAACACGCUCCAUCUCCAAGAAUUACAGAAUCUACAAGAAGACGAUUAGAAGCCGUAAGGAAACAUGAAAAACAGAGAAUGAAAGAGUAUCUACAAGAACUGGAAGAAAUUGAAGAAAGGGUGGAAAAGAGGCCUCUGUUGUUGGAACAAGCCACACAGAAAAAUGCACGGCUAGCGGCAGGGAAGCAUUAUUCUGACUUGCUUCGAGAGCUGGGGCUGUGUGAAGACUUUAUUUCAAAGAAAGGCCAAACUACUACUGAAGAGUUUUUGCAGGAUCGCUCCAAUAAUAGCUCUGAAAGCUUGACAGCAAAUGUAGAAAGCGAUAAUGAACAUGAAGAAAAAAGAGAAUCUGAAGAAGAUGACCCCCAACUCCAGUCAGCCCAGCAUGGUGGGGAGGAGGAAGAGGAAGAAGAGGAAGAUGCAGUGGCUCAAUCAGAUCAUGUUGUCCAAGAAGCUACUGAACAUGAAAGUGAAAACGAUUACAAAGAUUCAAUAGAAAAAUCCAGUGAUUAUGAGGGCUGAUUAAAAUAUAUUGCCACUACCCUGAGUCUUGGUGCUCACAGUUUAUUUAUUGGACCUAGUAAGAUACAAAACGAAAAAAAAAUCCUGAUUUCCUGUGCUCAUUGUGCUUUAACAUGCUUUUAAUUUGCAAAUAAUCAUUUGGUACAUUUUAAUAAUGGUGCAGCAAGGAUCAGCUAGAAUUUCUCAGUUUUUUAUCUUUUGUUCUAAAAAUGCACGUGUCUACUCACAUAACUGGUGUUUAUCAUCUCACAUCCCAGCUGGAUUCCUUUCUGGCUGUUCUUAGUGUUGUUAUGUCUUGAUCUUGGCCCUUUUUAAACAAUAUACAUUUUGACUCAAAUGAGUAUUGCUCUGUAAUACUUUUUUUUUUUUUAAAGAAACAAAUUGGAAGUUCCUGGAUCUUGUACAACACUGAGUGGAGCAUAGUGGAUAUUCUUGGGUAUCACUCCUGCAAUAAUAACACCAAGCAAUAAUUAAUUAUCCAAAAUAGUAGCAUUAUAAACACCCCUCGUCUGAAGCUCAAAGCUCAAAUCAGCCAUGAACUUGCAGGUAUGCUAUUUCAGCCUCCAUUUUCCUUAUGUGGAGAUUAAUGCUAUUUGCCAACAUGUAAAUGCUGCAUUCCUUUACUCAAAAUGUA